AUGGCUUCCCCGCAGGCUGGUAGCCCACCUCCCACGGAGCAAUAUACCCCUCCGGCACAAGACGAUGAGUCCCACCGUGAGGAAGAGGCACCUGUAAAAAAACGGGGCCGAGGCCGUCCCCCGAAAGCCAAACUGACGUUCAAGUGCUCAUCCUGCGCCGAAUCCUUCAGGAGCUUAUCAGCGCUACGCGGGCACAAGCUUUCCGCGCACGCUAAGGAGCGUCCUCAGCAGCAACACGCGUGCCCUCUGUGCCAAAAGACAUUCUCCAGCAAGGCUCAGCUCUCCAAACACGAGAGCACGCACUCGGCCCGACGGCCUUUUCAGUGCCCGGACUGUCACAAGGCAUACAAGACACCCACUGAGCUGCGCAACCACAGCCGCUCGCACACGGGCGAGAAACCGUUUGUCUGCGGCGAAUGCGGCAAGGCCUUCAUGCAGGCCAUCUGCCUGAGGAUCCACACCACACAGCACAACGGUGAGCGUCCCUACUCCUGCCGGCAGUGUUCCAAAAGCUACCCCACGUUGUCCAAACUCAAGGUCCACAUGCGCUCUCACACCGGAGAGAAGCCUUACUUUUGCAGCGAGUGCGGCAAGAGUUUCGCCGACCCCUCCGUGUUCCGCAAACACAGACGCAACCACCAGGGCCACCGGCCGUAUGCCUGCAAUGAGUGCGGCAAAACCUACACGGAGCUGAAGGACCUGAAGAACCACGAGCGCUCCCAUACCGGAGAGAAGCCGUUCCUGUGCUCCGACUGCGGUAAAGCCUUCUCACGCUCUUCUUCGUUGGUGUGCCACCAACGCAUCCACUCGCAGAAGAAGCCCUAUCAGUGCGAGCAGUGCGGUAAAGGCUUCACGCAGCUGUCCUCGUACCAGUCCCACCUCCGAACGCAUUCCGGGGAGAAGCCCUUUCUUUGCCCGCAGUGCGGAAACAUGUUCUCCGACCCGUCUAGUUUCCGGCGUCACCAGCGAGCCCACCUGGGUUUCAAGCCCUACCCGUGCGACAAAUGCUCCAAAAGAUUCCGACAGCCGGCCGAUCUGGCCGUGCACGAACGGGUCCACUCCGGGGAGCGACCUUACAAAUGCCAGAGCUGCGACAAGGCCUUCGUGGCGUCCUGGGAUCUGCGGCGCCAUUUGCUAGUCCACACGGGCUUGCGGCCCUUUUCGUGCACAGAGUGCGACAAGUCCUUCGCAGAGCGCUCCAGCCUCAACAAGCACCGCAGGGUGCACUCGGGGGAGCGUCCUUUCAAAUGCGGCGAGUGCUCCAAGUCCUUCGUGGUGUCCUCUAGCCUCCGCAAGCAUGAGAGGACUCAUUCGGCCGAGCAGGCGCAGCGACAGAGGCAAACCGAAGAGACGGAAACUGCAAGUUUUGCUAGCCACCCUGCGACUCUCCCGCAGUUCUCCUGCACUCACUGUGACACCACCUUCGACACCUGGGAGGAGGUUCAGGCACAUGAGCGGCUGCACGUCACCGAAAAGACACCGAGCUCGCACGUGUGCGCCACUUGCCGGGCAGAGUUUGCCGAGCCGGCCGAGCUGCAGGAACAUGAGAAGCAACAUCCCAAGCCGAGGCCUCACGUGUGCGCCAGCUGCGGCAAAGGCUUCCUUAACCGGGCAGGCCUGCGCAAGCACCAGAAGAUCCACUCCAGCAGUAAACCUCACACCUGCUCCCAAUGCGGAAAAGCCUUCCUGUUCCCCGCCUACCUCCGCAAGCACUUACGGACACACGCGGCUGCCUCGUAUUCUGACCUGAACAUCGUCCACACCGAACCACUGCCUUCGCCUACGCCACCCCCCAGCGACCCGCCUAACGACCCGCCCCCGGACACCACGGAGCCCAGCGGAAUCUCUUUGAGCGUUCCCGUCACUGUUUCUGCCGCUGCUUUUCACACUCUACCAGAAUACUUGAUCAAGGAGGAAGAACUUUAA